GGGGGGUUAAUCAGCGCGACCUGCCCUCCUGAACAACACGGAUGUGGCUUCUCCCUGCUGGCUGACUGCAGACCACAAACACUUCAGAGUUUUUGCUGCGGAGUUUCUGUAGAAAUCAUGAGAGAAACGGACAGCGUGCCUAGAUAUGCGGGACCCGGUGAAGCGGAGAGUGAGGAGAGCAGCCUGUUUUUCAGACAGAGUGAGGAGGAUGGGCCGCUGGAGGCUGGAUUGGUUCUGACAGACUCCUGUCCACAGUCUGUGUAUACCAGCACAGAGGAGUGGGUCAUCCAGCCACACAGUAGUCUUAAUGACAGUGAAUCUGAAGAUGUGCUCCAGGCCAUAAAUCCAAAUGAAGUUUACACAUCAGAUCCUCUGCAGCAGUGCCUGUCCGAAAGCGACAGUGGAAUGUCAGAUGACCGUUACUCAGACGGCCCGACUGUGCUGAUGGACUCUGUCCCCACCCAAUCCACGCCCACUGUCUACCAGGUGGUGUAUGACAUUAGUGGUCUGGGAGGUAUCCAACAAGACCAACAAAAGGUGGAUGUCAUCUCCAUAGAGCUUGAUGAGUGGAGCUCUCAGGUGCUUAUGUCUGAGUCCUGUAUUGUGAGUGAGCUGCCACUGGUUUCUUCUGUGAAAGUGGAACACAUUCACCCAGAAAGCUCAGAGAAUGCAGACGACACAAACACAGAUGGCCUGCUUUUCCCAGACCUGCAGUUGACUGAAGAGGAGCAGAAGCUUCUGAACCAGGAAGGAAUUUCACUUCCUAACAAUCUUCCAUUAACCAAGGCUGAGGAGAGGAUUCUAAAGAAAGUGAGGCGCAAAAUUCGCAAUAAGCAGUCAGCCCAGGACAGCCGGCGCAGGAAGAAGGAGUACGUUGACGGUCUUGAGAGCAGGGUUGCAGCAUGCUCAGCUCAGAACAAGGAACUAAAGAGAACAGUGGAUCAACUGGAGAAACACAACAUGUCUCUAUUGGCCCAGCUGCGGAGACUUCAGGCUCUUGUCAAGCAAACUGCCACAAAAGCAGCACAGACAAGCACAUGCAUCAUGAUUCUGCUGUUCUCCUUGGCUCUCCUCGUCUUCCCCAGUUACUGCCCCUUCCGCUGGAGAUCUCAGCCUUCAGAUGAUAGUUACACACCUACAGGAGUAAUCUCCAGAAACAUUCUGAAUGAUGCGGCCUCACCGUUGCUGCCCUCUGAAGAUGCUGCUGAUGAUAACAAGGUCAUCUCAGCACCUGUGCUUUCUGCAGAUGACACACAGCCAUUUCCAUUGGAAUCACUGUCCUCUCAGUUGCAGCAGAAACCACUGGACACUCCUGAGGAAAAAGAAGAGGAAGCUACCAUGGAGGACAAUCUUCAGGGAAACAUCUCCUCACCGGACAGUCGGACUGAUUCACUGGCUGUCGGCUUAAUACCACCUUCAGCUGGAGGUGCUGGCUUGGAUGCAGUCAAACCUGCACAUGCUGAUGAGAUGUAAUACACUCCUUUUAAAGCUGGACUUUUACUUAGAGCUGCUUUAAAGUUAUAUAAACCUUAUUAAUGCCUGGUUUUCAUUUGCAAAGGGUUUUAUGUGUCUCUAAUGCCUAAGAAUGAAUUUCACAGAGUAGUAAUGGUACCAUGGUAGCCAUUAUUUAAAAUAUUUCUUCUGGGAGAGAAAUCUAUUCAUAGGGAGUCUUAUUUUAUUUUAUUGAUUAUUUGUUUUUAUGGAUUUGUACUUUAACAAGUUGUGCAAGUGCAAGUCGUGAAUAAUACAUAAUAAAGAGGAGAUGGACAGAAAACAGGCUUCAGAAAAAGAACAGGUUGUCAUCAAAAUUGGGAUGAAAGACCUGUAUAUCAGUAACACAAUUUGUGUUUUUUUUUAUGUUUCUCAUGCUGAUGGAUGUUUUUUUUAUAAUUUACAGUGCAAUGAAUCAUACUCGCAGUAUGAUAAUAAAUACCAAAUGGGAGAGUUUUUUUCCACUGAAAAAGUCCUAAUUAGGUUUGACUGUUGUGCUUGCCAUCUGUGCUUUUAUAGUUUGAUUUUUGAGGAUUUUUUUUUGUUCACAUUUGGUUAAAAGUUAUUUUGUAAUUAUAACUCCCAGCCUGCUUCUGUUCAUUUUAAUAUAUAAUAUUAGAUCAUAGUAUAGGCACAGCAGGGCUGAAAUGUUAGAGGUUUUUCUGAGUGUAUGGUAUCGGUUGUUUGAAUGAUGAUGAAUUGGUAUGUGUGUUCAUUAAAUCAU